AGAUGGCGAGCCCGUGCGGGCGGCAGCAGUGCUCCAUCGAGAGGCGCGGCGUCCGCCACCAGCUCGAUUCGUGGCGACACAAGCUCAUUCACUGUAUCCAGUUUCUGAUCCUACUUCCACAUUUGGGAGUAUGCAAGGGACAAACACAUCUCUUUGCGUAGCUUGACUGGAUAUCCCAAGACUAGGAUGAAAAUAUCAUCUGCCAAAUGGAAAAGGACAAUCGGUGGGAAAAGAAAUGUUCUUUUCAAGCUUCUAAGAGCAGUGACAAUGGAGAGAAAAAAUACUAUAAAAAGUCAGGUUGGUUGGCCCUUUCCCACUGUUCCUGCCACUUCCUGAACCCUGAAUUGGCUUUUUUUGGAGGCAGUGCUACUUCUCUGCCUGACAAGGGUUUGAAAGUAUUCUAGAAGGCCUGUUUGGACCUGGAUUAUUAAAAGAUCUCAGUUUGUUUAAAGACUGUGAGCCUGAAGGUGUUUCUGAUUGGUCUUUUGAUGAAAAUUGUCUUUUCUGCUGCCUGAGAAGAGAAAAAGUGAAGGGAAAGAACUGGGCAGGAUGGGAUGAUUUGGGUUUGUGCUUGUAUACUGGAACACUUAGUCAGUCUGGAUGAGCCAGCCUCGGAAGCUGGACAAGAAGCUCUGCUUAGACAAGAGCAAGCAAAAAUCAUUCGUUUUGAAAGGCAAGCGGAAGAGUUCCUCAAUGCAGUCUUUUACAGAAAAGACAGUCCUAGGGUCUCUGACCCCAAUAUUCCCCUAGUGGCCCGUGAGAUCAUGCAGCGAAUGAUCCGACAGUUUGCUGCUGAAUAUACCUCAAAAAAUAGCUCUACUCAGGACUCCAGCCAGCCCAAUAGCACAAAGAACCAAAGCCUGCUGAAAGCAUCUCUGGUCGCCUCCUCUCCCACGGCUGCAACUGCUCAGAACCCUGUGCUCAGCAAACUUCUCAUGGCUGACCAAGACUCACCUCUGGACCUUACUGUCAGAAAGUCUCAGUCAGAACCUAGUGAACAAGACGGUGUGCUUGAUUUAUCCACUAAGAAGAGUCCUUGUGCCAGCAGCACCUCUCUGAGUCAUUCUCCAGGGUGCUCCAGUACUCCGGGAAAUGGUGAGGAUGCAGCAGAGACAAUAGCAAUAGACUCUAACAAUCAGCCGAAGUCUCCACUGGAAAAGUUUAUGGUCAGACUGUGUACACAUCACCAGAAGCAAUUCAUUCGUGUGCUAAACGACAUAUACACUGAAGUACAACCAGACUCUGAAGGCCAGCAGUUGUCUGAAUCCAAGAGCAUGGAGGCCUCUACUUGUGGCUCUGGUUGUAGCCAGCGAAGCACUGAAAAUCAUGAUAAGGGUGGUACUUGUACUGAAUCAAAGCCCCCUUCUUCCUCAGACCUGGGACAGUCGGGGUCUGAUGUCCCCCUGCAUGUUACGGGACAAGCCCCGAAGCAGCCGGCAGAGCUGAAGUCUCUGGACAGAGCAGAGAGCUCCAGUCCUGCUUUGAGAAGGGACUUCGAGCUCCCCGUCACCAGGCUUCGUUCUGCUAGUCCAAAGGAUAACUCCACCCAAGGAUACCUCAGCACGUUGAACUCUUCCUCUUUGAAUUUCCAUCAUGCCGUGAAGAGCCUGGAAGGGCAGCAAGCUGCUGGACACGAGCAAGAAGCCGGUGUCAGAAAGUGUGAGGACAAUAAAGAGCAGCUAGCAGGUAAGACUCUUGUGGAAGGUUAUAUCUCGGUCAAAGUGGCAAAUGUGAACGGCAGCGAGGACAGCUUAGACAGCUGUCUGGGGUCCCAAAAGAGCUCUUUCAGAGCUCUGCCGGAAGAGUCCUGGGAUCCUGGCUUUGCGGUGACCCCCCCUCGCAGAGCCGACAAAGAGAACACUUUGCAAUGCAGCUCGAAAGCAUCUUUGCACCAGGACUUAGACGCAAAAGAACAAGAUGCGAGACCAAAGCAAGAAAACCACCUGCACGCCGUGGCCAAGGGCAAGGCAGGCUGCCACCUGCACCUGGCCGACAAGGGCCCGCUCGACAAGUCCAAAGAGGGCUGGCUGCCCGCCGGCGCUGCGCCAGCCGCCCACCGGACCCCCGGCGGGCACCCCCGCGCCAAGGCAGCCUCCCUCAGAUCCACUCGGAAGAGCAAGAAGGCAUCGGGGCUGAGGAUCAACGACUAUGACAACCAGUGCGACGUGGUCUACAUCAGCCAGCCCAUCACCGAGUGCCAUUUCGAGAGCCAGCGGUCGGUGUCGUCCCGCAAGACGGCGAGGAAGAGCACGCGGGGGUACUACUUCAACGGGGAGUGCUGCGAGCUCCCGACUGUCCGCACGCUGGUUAAGAGCUCCUGGACGGAGGAGAGGGGGAGCAGCCCGGCACUGCGAACAGAGACCCUUGUAAGCGCUAAGCCACCCCUGGUGCUCUCGGUGGGGGGGUCUGCAGGGGCAGGACGGGAAGGCGAGAAGAGGGUUUCCCUGAGGCUCCUGGCUAAAGGGGCACCAACCAGCCGUGAAACAAAAGAAAGAGCUGAGCCGGGCUCUGUGCAGCCCCGGGAUACCCGGGCACUGCGGUCAAGGGAAGCCACCAUGGCUGUGCCCUUCUUCUCCCUCUCUGCUCCACCCAGCCCCCAGAAAGAGGACAGCUUGGCCAGCUCGCCACCCCCUGGCUCCCCUCCCGCCGAAGGAGGGGGGACGAGAGCAGGAGGCACCAUCCCCUGGGAGGCUGGCAGCAGCCUGGGCUCCUCUGGGGACAGCGGUGGUGGUGGGCAGGCUGCUGAUUUUGCUGCCCUUCCCAUCUCAGAAGCACCCGGAGGAGAGGAAGGUUGUCCAGGCUCUGGCAUACAAACUGAUCCGGACCUCCCAGCCAGCCCGGAGCCAAAGUCCCCCUUGCAGCCCUCCGCUGCUGCAGACACAGCACCCCUGGCCCAUGAUGGUGCCAGGGAUCCUGCCCAGCUUCCAGGCAUGGGAGACACAGAGCCCUGUGGGCUGUGUCCGGCAGAGCCCUCCCCAUGCUCUCCAGGCCACCAGGCUCCUGAUGAACCCCCUGCCAACGUGGAUGGGGAGAGCCCCCUGGAGCCCCCUGCCACCUUGCAGUGCAUGGAUGUGAACAAAAACAUCGAUGCUGAACCAGAAGCCGAAUUAUCAAGUAUGGUGGGUGACGGCUCCCUCGAACAAGAGGAGGCUGUGCUAGCCAGCACAGCCCUCCCCGAAAUCUCGGAAGGGGAGGCAGUGCAGAAUAACAGCCCAGCAGGUGAAAAAGAGCCCGCUGAAGGGGAAAUGCUGCCUGAACCUGAUGGCUCAGACACUGCAGGGAAAGACUCUGUCUCUUCCAAAGACAGUCUAGAUAAGAAGCGAAAAAAAGGCAGGAGAGUGCUUGUGGCAUCAGACCGGCGUCUCCGAAGCCAGCAAUCCCAGUCACCCACUGAGGGCAGUGCUGAGGACACUGGUUCUUCCAGCUCUGUGCAGCUUCCUUGCCUUCAGGUCAAACUCUCCAAGAGUCCUGGCGCUAAGCGGUUCAAGAGAGAAGUGCACCUGGAUGGGGCAGCAUCCCUGCACUUCCCAAACGACUGCUUCCCCAAUGUGCUGCUCAAAACCAGCGAGGGGCCGGGCACUGACCAGGCUCCAGAGAGCAUCGCUGAGCAGCGGCCAGGUGAGGAGAAUGGUGUCAUUACCAGACAAACCUAUAAAAACAUCUUAGCGAAAGAGACUGCGUCAGAGGUAGAAAAUUCCUCUAAAGACGACCCCCCUGCUAAUGGCAGCCAAAGUCAACCGGGUGAGAUGCUGGAAAUCAGCAUCCAGGCUGAUUCUGAGAAGAGAAGUAUUCCCCUCCCUCUGGAGAGCAGUGUGCCUACAAAUGAUGCCAAGCAAGUGGAUGUGAAACCAGGCGAUGCCAGCGCAAAGGAUGAGGAGGGCUCUGACAGUGCCAUGGACAUGGGCAAGCUGGAGAACUACGAGCCGGUGGCCAAUUCACCUCCAUGUCCCAGCAGCAGAGGUGGAAGCAAGCAUCUUCCAGCAAAGGCUGUGAAACAUAAAAAGGUCGCCCUGCAGUUUUAUAACUUAAGACAUGCACCUGCACCUGUAGACACCACAAAAAAGAGCACGCCAGGGAAGGAGUCUGUGCAAGCGAUCCCCAAACCGAGGGAUGAAAGCAGUUCAGGGAAUGACAGCUCCUUAGCGUUGGAGGACAUAGACACAGCUGACAGCAAACCAAAGUUCAUGGAGUGGUGUGCUGAAGAGGAAAACCAGGAGCUCAUUGCCGAGUUCAACACCCAGUACAUGAAAGUUCAGAAGGGCUGGAUUCAGCUGGAGAAGGAGGUGCAGCCAACCCCCAAGGUAAAGAACAAAGCCGACAAACUGAAGGAGAUUUGGAAAAGUAAGAAAAGGACACGGAAAAGUAGAGGCUCGCUGGAAGUGCAGAAGCUUUCUCCUGUCCAGAUGCUGUUUAUGAAGGCCUUUAAGCUGUCCGACAUCUGCCAGUGGUUUCUGGAGACAACCGAAACCAGGUCUCUUGUGAUCGUGAAGAAACUCAACACCCGUCUCCCAGGGGAGAUCCCCCCCAUCAAAGUCCCCAUGCAGAAAUAUUCCUCCUCCAGUCUCUACCCCAGUUCACUGCAAGCAGAACGUUUGAAAAAACAUCUCAAGAAGUUUGCUGCCACUACCCCGGCUCGGAAUAACCUGAAGAACCAAAAGCUUUGGGCCAAAAUUCGGGAGAAUGCUGAUAAAGCAGAGGCUGAAGAAGCCACCGCUCCCAGCCAGACGUCUCCCACCGACAUUGGCACAGAGGACCUGAGCGAAGACAAAACCAUCCAGCCUGCCCCUAGCUUGCCCACGCAGGCCAGCACCCGGAUCCUGCGCAAGUACUCCAACCUGCGGGGCAAGCUGCGAGCCCAGCACCGCAUGGUGAAGGUGGAGAAGAAGAGUGAUGGCCCAGGGGACCACCCAUCCCUGGAGAGCAGGCAGAGCCGGAAAAGCGUGUGCAUCAACCCGCUGAUGUCUCCAAAGUUGGCCUUGCAGAUCAAAGCAGAUGCCUUUCCCGCUAAAUCUCCAUCAGUGGAUGGGACGGGGAAGGGGCGGAAGGGGAAGAGCAGGUCCCAGGAGGACCUCUCGCCCAAAGCCGACCUCCAGCUCAGCAGGAAGAAGAGGACGCUGAAGGAGAGCGGGAGCACCCAGGAGCGGUCCAGCUCCUCCACCAAGGACAAGCUGCCUGCCAAGAAGGCCAGUAAAAUAAAGCAUUCGGAGGUCAGCACAAAAGCUCCCGCCACCCGAAAGCAGGCUGCCAUGGAGAGGAGCAAUAAGCUGGCUAGAAAAAUGUCUUUGAAAGAGAAGAGAGUCCCAAAAAGGCAGCUGGAGAAGGUGCGGCUCCCCAUGCGGAAGGGCAAGGAGAACACAAGCAGACGGGCCGUGCUGCCUCCUGGCCACGAGGAGCUGGCCAAGUCCCCAAAGCAGAAGCCCCUGGGGGAGUCCUCCACAAGGUCACAGAAGAUGGCCAACAAGAAGCCCAGCGGAGGGAAGACCCUGACGAGGUCCAUGAGGAAGAUGCAGGAGAGCAGCGGGUCACAGGGCAAGAGGAAGCUGAGGGCAAAAGUGGACUGUUCGCACAGCAAACGCUCGCGACUGGACCCGAAAUAGCAAAGAACCGGUAGCCAUGUACAAAACUGAUGUAUAGUAGUAACCCUUUACCAUGCAUUAACUAAAGCUGCUUUUAUAAGCUGUAGCAAGCCUUUAAAAAUCCGCAGUUAAAGGAUAAUGCCCAUGAUUUUAGGCAUCGGCAGAUGUGUCUCGGACAGAGAAGAGGUCGGCCUGUCUGGCUCUGCUGUUCAGAAGGAAGUUUCUGCAGUUUGAAUGUUCCUUGGGUUUUAUUAAACUUGGAACCAGGCAGUUUUAGUUAAAAGUACAGUGCCUUAUUUAUCACUUUAAAAAUAAAAAUAAGAAGCUCGUCUGUGUGAUUUGGAGGCUUGCGUUUUAUACUUGAGGCACAAGCACUUGUACUGUAGCAGAAAGAAAACCACCUUCGUGCACAUGAAGUAGCUUUCGGCAGCCUUUGGGUGCACGCAAACAUUUCCCUUUCCUUCAGAGUCCUCCUUCUGUCUGUCUUCUUAGUGGCAUUUAAAGCAAAACCAAAACCAUUUCCCAUCAGUGAGGGAGCGAAAGGCGAAAUCUGUCCUUUGUCGGUUCGUUAGUAGCAGCUGCUGGUGUCCCAUACUGUUACCUGCAUAAAAGUAUUAAUUAGCUACUGGUGUGUGUACUGCUGAUGGCUGCCUCACUCCCCCAUUGCACAGCCCAUGGGGUGGGGAGGUCCCGCUCAGGUGGAGGCGGCGGAGGAGAUGCUGCGGGUACCAAGCUGCCGCAUCCACUGCUGCCAGGCGGGCGUGCUGGGCUGUACCCGUCUUUAUUUCUUGCUGGCUUCAGGGAUGAAUCGGUCCUGCUGUGCCCUGCUUUUGGACAGACCUCCUUCUCCCAUUUUGCUGCGCUCGUGGUGAUUUCUGUGGUCUCUGACAGCAAAGCAGUUUCCACAGCGCUUUGCUGAAGGUUGAAUCUCUCCCUUCUUAUGGGCUCAAGCUUCUUCUGAUGUUGGUGCUCUGCAAAAGGGGAACACUGGCCCUCACCCUGUGCUCUUGUACACGUCUUGCCUAGCACCCUCUUAAGCCAGGAUUUGCGGUUGGAAUAGGAUUGAGAGAAGGGACUGACUUAAGUUUAUUUUUUACCGUAAUUUGCAUUUCAUCCUUUUACUAGCAAGUUGCGGUUGGUUUGUUCUUGCUUGUGUCUGGUGCUGUGUAGUCUGAAAGCAGCCAAGCCUCUGCCCUGUCCUGCACGACGCCUUUGCAGGGCUCCUCUGCAAGCCUCUGCAGCACAUUUAAAAGCCCGCUGGGAGUCUGCAGGGGCAGAGCAGGGUCACGGUGCCUAGCACCUCUGAGAAAAAACCUGUUAGAAGUGCACAGAGCAUGUGGCUGUGCUGGCUCUGCUGGGUAGGGAUGCUCGAUGGCUGAGAAGGGACUGCUGCGGUUUGUGCUCGGGGAAAGGGCCCUCCUCAGCCAUUGCAUCUCCACGGCUUCACUUGGCGUCGCUGCACAAAGUCUGUUUGCGUGAAUCCCGAUGCAAGCCUCCUCCUGUGCAGAAAGCAGCGAUGCCUGAGAGGGCACCGUGUGGGCUCUGGGGUUGCCCAACCUUUAACAGUCACUUGCCGGCCCUUGCUUAGCUCCUUGUCCCUGCUCAGAGCAAGGCUCUGGUGCAGGCCACUCAUUCAAGAGAUGCCUGCCCUGGGGGCAGAGGCUAUAGAGGGUUCUGCUGCAAUGGGAAUUGCUUUCCACAGUUAGCGUUGAACCCAGAUCCGCGAACCCGUGGACUGAAGGUGGAAAGCAGAUAAUCGUCUUUAAAUCUUUCAUUGUACCUGUUUAGAGGAGGAAACAAGGCAUUUGAGAUUCACACGCCCCUUGCAGAACACCUCUGGCUCUCUUGCAGGUAUUCCCUUCCCCCAGCGCUGACGCACACGAGGCUGCGGCACAUUUUUCUCUUACUAUGAAAUGGCUGAUUUAAAGAAAAAAAAAACACCUUUACCUUUCCUUUGAAUCAUCCUAGAAUAAGUUAACUCUCUGAACAGCUAGGAAGUGAUUAAAUCUAGCCUGUCAGUCCCUGUACAGAUUAAUAUGAAGUUAUCUAUUACUUUAAUUUUUACUGCAUGCAUUAAAUAUGUCAAACAUUCCAUCAGAAAAGAUUUAAAAGCUUUUCAAGAGAGGUGUGAGGCAGGAGUGCACUGAUGGCAGUUAAAUGACUGAUCUGUACCUUUCUUACAGGUUGUCUUUCCUUUUUGCUUCUCCAUCCGUACUUACGGUCCUCUUCUAACCUCCUCUCGGCAGGCAUGCGGGCCCAGCAUUUCCCCUCCUUCCUCUGGGCCAGGCAUGUGUGUGAGCACCCCUCUUACCUCCGCUCCUCGUGCUGCUCCCCAGCAGCAAAACCCCUUUUCCCCAUCCUUCACAACCUCUCUUUCUCCAUCCUUCACCAUCGCUCCCGAAGCACCUGCAUCGGGCUGCGCAUGCAAAGCCGUGCGGGGCCCCAUGCACCGAGCGCUCCUCAGGUCUUUCCCUCUCUCUUGCUUUCUAAUUUGUUAGCUGCUCGUAAAUGCAGGCUGCUCUGCUCUCCAUCUUCUGUGCUUCUGGGAGUGGGAACCUCAUUAGGAUAAAAACCUCAACAAAGCAAGUGGAGAUAGGCUUUCUGGAUGGGGUGCUGCUGGCUGCUCCAGCCUCCCAGCUGCCUUCCUGCACCCUGGGGCUCCACUGGCACCAGUUGGCUCAGCAUGGCAAGGGUGGGAGGUGGCAGGUGUCACACUGGUGCAGGACCUGGGCGCCUGUCCCAGUUCAGCGCGCACAGCUUGGCUUAGGCGGUGGUGGGAUCAGCGCGCUGAGGUUCCCGGCAGUGUCCCUGCCAGCGUCAGCUCCGGAGAGGAAUGGCCAGGACCUGUCAUGGGGAGAAAUCAGAGAUAUACUAAAAGGACAACCAUAUUCCUCCCAGCCCUUUGAAUUUCCAGUCUCGGUCUGUAGUUUUCUGUCAUACUGCUGUGUUUCAGCUUAGUUGGAUGGAGAUUUCCUGGGCUGAAGGCAGGUCUCCAUGGGACGAAGCCCUGUCAGCAGAUGCUGUAGGAGUCACAGGGCUUCGGGAAGGAGUGAGGUGGCAUUGGCUGGACGGUGUGCAGGCAACGUGGCCUGAGACUCAAAGUGCCUGCAGCUUGUCCCAGGCUCUGAUCGCCUUCAGCCAGGAGCUCUGUCCCUCCCUGGGGGAUGCCGGAGGCGUUCAGCAAGCCCUGGCUUUCCCACGUUAGAUCCAGCAUGUCUGCACAAAAAGUAACACUCACGAAAUCUGUGCAAAGACCCUACUGACUUUUAACAGGAGCUGGGCUGUGCCUCACAGGUGUAAAUCUGAACUUCUGCACCCUUUAAUGAAGAAAGGUAGAGGGUGCGUUUUUUGUCAGGAUGGGGCUGAAAAGAGGAUUCUGGGCUGGGCUGUGAGUUGUUAUUCUUGUCUUCAGAAAGCAAAUGAAGAGAAAGCAAAUAAUUCUGAGGGUUUUUUCAAAGAGAAACAUUUUUAAAUACAAUUGCCCCAGCCUGCUGCCUGGGUGAGGACCCAGGUGAGGAGGGUACUGCCUGUCCCUUGUGGGCACCUAGCUCAGGUGGGCAGAUGGCAGAGCAGCACCUUAGGCAUCUGCAGGGACAGGGAGCAGCGGGUUUGCCAGACGUGCCGAGCCAUGGGGCUGUCCCAUGGGGUGAGAUGGUCAGGAGUCUUGUCAAAAGGGACCCCCGUGCUCCACUGUUUUUGGGUCUGGUCCCUGGUGCCGCAGUCCCUGCAGGGCUCUCCCCACUGGGCACAAAAAAACCUACUCAGAGCUGCUCCGCUCUCUGCCUCCUCUCUUUUCCUCCCAACAACUCCCCCUUACUUAAAAAUUACAAUUUUGAGGAAAACUGGAGUGAUUCUUCUCUACAUCAUGCUGUUUGUGAGGAGUUGGCAGGAGUGUUUCCUCCUGCAACUGCUGCGCUGAGUGGUGGGUUUAACUCAUGCAGGUAGUCUUUGCAGAGGACAGGCUUGUUUGCUGAGGGAUGGGUAGGGUGAAGCCAUUGCCUGUGACUGAGUUAUUGCAGCAAGCACUUGGGGCUUGACCUUUCCAGCCCACCCCGAGGUGGGAAUAUCGGUGCUUUAGUACAAGUUCUCUGAAUUACAGAUUUGUGCAAUCCUUUGGGUUACCCCAGGGGAGGAUGCCCCAGGGGUGAGGUAGGCCAGCAGUGGUCGUCAUCUCUAGAAAAGCAUGAAGGUUUUCUGCUCUGAGGAAACCCCCAGCUCCUUGCUGGGCUCCUUUCCUUGCUGUCACUGCUCCAGGAGAUGCCGUCUUUGGCCCCUCUGCCUCUCCUGUGUGUAUUCUCCACUUGAUACCAGUAGUAGCUGCAGGACUUGCAGACUAAAAGACCUGCUUUUAAUGUACUUCACGCUUGCUUUUGUGAGUGCUUUAUUUUGGGGCAGGAAGGAGGAAUGCUGUAACUUGCUAGAAAAUUAAAUUUCAAUUUAAUUUGCUAGCAAAUUAAAGGGUCUGCAUGUGAGGUGACUGCCUGGCAGGGUGGCAUUGCCUGGAUAGCUUCAUUUUCUUUAUCAGUGCUCAGAUGCUUGAAUUUUUUUCUCCUUUCUAUUUUUCCCAAUCAGUCCUCGUGUUGUAUUACUCUCUUCCAAAUUUACUUUCCAGUUUCCUCUCUCCACACAGCCACGUUUCAGCUAGAGCAGUGCACAAGAGACACAAAAAUAAGUAGAGGUAAUACCAUAUAUAUAUAACCUGUUGCUCUUUGUUAAUGACUUGGGACGUGCACUACUUGUGUCUGUCUGUUCUGCAGCGAGGCAGUGGUGAGGUGUGCUGCUGAGGCACGGCCCCUGCUUUGGAGCAACCUGUUUCCAAUAAAUGCAGCUUCUGUGCAAUGCAAGGGAUGCGCAGGGAGCUGCAGACAAUCUUAAUGAAUGGAAGGAAAUAAGCAACGCAAUUUAUUGCCUUAUUCCACACGGGCAUGGAGUGUGUUUCCAUUUGCUAUGGUGCAGAGCUGCCCACUGGCACUACCACAGUGCCAUCCUCAGCUCCACAGCCUCAUUGCGCUCCUCCUCCUCCUCCGGGCCACCCCGCAGCUCCCUGCUCUGCUUCUUCAGCUCUGGAUUUCAGCAGAAGUGCUGUGUCCCACAAAACAGACCUCUUCCCAUUACUUUGGCUUUCCUUGCUGGCCACUUUCUCAUCCUAUUCUUGAAACUAGUCUCCAUCCCAGCUCCCUGGUCCAUGUACCAGGAGCAGCAUCUUCUUAGCUCUGCACCUCCCCUGAUGUUCUUGCUGUCCCUUGGCUGCCAGCCCCCCUCUCUCACUGGCACGGUUACCUUUUCCUCUCUCACCUUGUCAUCGGCAGCUCCAGGUGGGUCUUCACACUUCACGUGGUCAGGAACCAUCUACCUUACCUAAACUCUGGGAGGGGCUGGCUUUGCUGAGCUCAGAGUCAAAAUCUACCUGUGGGGGGUUGAAGGCUGCAGCAAGAGCAGUUUGAGCCCAGGAUGGCUCCUUGUAUCUGUAGCUGUUAGGGUCUUGUCUAGCAAUGCUAGCCCUGGAAUGGGUUUCUCUGCUGAUGGGAUGCAUGCAGUAUAUCCAAGGUGUGCACGUGUUUAUAUUCAUCACUAAUGAGGUCCUUUUUGCUCGUGUUUGCUGCGUGCAGUGGUGUUUCUGUGUUCAACUGCCAACACAUCAGUGAGAUGCAUUUGCAGCAAACCUUCUCCAAAGAGCUGUUUAGCCGGUGCUGACGCUUUCAGCAAACUUUCUGCCACGUUGCUGAUCAUCCUCCGUGAGCUGGGAGAGCAGGAUGAACUCGUCCCCGCUGCUCUCCGCAUCCCUGUCCCUCCCGUGGUGAGGGGAGCCAUGCAGUGCUGGACCGAGUGGGCUGGCAGGCUGCCCGAGCCGCUUUUUGCCUGCGUGUGGAUGAGUGAAGCUGCAGCCCAGCUCGCGUCCCAGCCGCUUGCACGGCACCUCUGGAAAUGCUGGUGUUUCCAAAAGCUCCGCCAGCCCCUGCUAACCCCCUGGGAAACAGAGACUCAAUCUCAGAAGGACACAGAUGUGCUGCUGCCCUACUCUAACUGAUGGACAGUUUCUCUCUCCAGCUUGUAUUCUUUCAGCCUGACAACUGCAUUCCCAGUUGAAGGCAACUGGGAAAACUGCAGUUCCCAGCCUCCCGCAGGCAUGGGCAGUGCCUGGGGCCGCAGGGAAGUGCGUGCUGCCGUCCGGCUCGGGCUCUGGCCUUCCCACCACCGGCGGUCGUGCCGAGGGAAGAGGGCUGAGCCCCAGCCAAGGCGUGCUCGGGUCCGCAUCCUCGGGCUGUACACCUGGACAGCCCAGGAGCGAGGCGGGGGUAGGCUCCCCCUGCCAGGGAAUGCUACUGCAGCUUUUCUUGUAGCGGUAGGUUUUUUGAGCAAACCACGAGGCUACGAUGUCCCCGCAAUCGCGCGCGUCCCCCCCUCCGUGUGUCGUAGUGUCCGUUCGGCCCAUCCUUUAGCUUGGUGGUUGUGAAAUGAAUCCAUCUGUUCUAAGAUGUUCUCAGGAGUUCUUGUUUGUAUUAAGCUCACCCCUAGGCUUAGCAGAAAUCACGGUUCCCCGUCCUUCCUCCUCCCCGCGGACAAGCCCUCUCUUUCACGAGCACUUCCACCCCCUCCCCGAAGGGCGGCGGGGGGGGCAGCUGGCGGUUUCGAUUCAGGGCACGUUGGCAGCUUGGGGGGCAGCCGGAGGAGCUGGGGUGCAGCCGGCCGGCGUUCGCAGUGUGGGUCGGGAGGCCGGGCGGUCCCUCGGGCUGCGUUGCUAGCCAAUGUUUUCUAAGUCUGUUUGUAAGAGUACCUAAUUUUAAAAUGAAAUGUGAAUAUAUAUUAUGUGUAGGUGCCAUGUAAGAUAGUGUUGUGCUAGGCGGCAGGAUGCUAACCUACUUUUUAAGCUUUUUGGGGGCAGGAAAAAGCAUUUUUCUCUCACUUCAUGCUCACAGACCUAAUAUUGUAAAUAGUUUUUUUUAAUAUUUAUUUCAUGGGCUUUCCACAGGUUCUUGUUCUGACUGGUGUGUCGGUUGGUGGGGCUGUAUCGCCCAGCGUGCCGCAACCAAAGGGCUGGCUAUUGCGUGGGGGGAUGGGACGGGAUGGGGUGGGGGGGGGGGUGGUGGUGUUUGGUUUGGGUUUUUUAUGUCACAUCAAAGUUGAAGCAUUAACUCUUUCUCUUCAUCUCAUUUUGAUGAUGUCAGACCUGGUCGAUGGCCACGGUCCCCGGGGAGGCAGUGAGCUCCCGUGGCCGGCCGGGAUGGCCGUUCCCCGGGGCGGGGAGCACUGCAAGCAAUAAGAUUUGUAGUAAUAAUGUCUGCUUCAAUGGCAGGGGCUCUUGGGGCUCGGGGCCCGGUGGGAAUAACCCCACUCCCAGUGGGGGCUCAGUCCAGCACGGCAUGAUGGGGGGGGGGGGAGGGGACACACGACAGGUCUUGGCCUGGGGAUGCCCAAGGAGGCAUCCGCAGGGAUGCAGGAGGUGGGGGCUGCCGUCGCCCCCAAGGAACCCCCCCCCAGAACGGCCAGGGUAGGGUAGGUAGUUACUGAUAGCAAACUCCUGCUAGCGAAUUACUGCAGUAAGCAGCUGCCUUCGGGGCUCCUGCGCUUCCUGCAGGUAUGGGUGACCCAAGGGAGCGCACUGCUGUCGCCAUUACAAUCCCAGUGCUGGCUCCAGAAGGUCGUGUGCUCAUUUGAUUGCCAUGCUGCAAUUUUUAUUCUCCUUCUAGGGGGUUUGAGGUCAUUCAGUUGGUUUUUUCCUAAGUGUGUUUGGAUUUUUCUUAUUUUUUUUUUUUAAUCCCUUUUUGCCUGGAAGUGUUUGCUGGCUCUGCUCCCCCCAGCCUGGCUGUCUGUGUGGGGCAGCGUCAGCAGGAUCAUUGCUACUUUUAUGGUGCUGGGUCCCUGACUUUGGAGGGUGGAGCGGGGAGUGCUGCUGGGUCCUGGCCCUGCAGGAGCCCUCGCCAGACCCAUGCUUCCUUUGCCCUUGGAACAGGUGUGUAUAAAAAAAAAGAAAAAAAGAAAAGGGAAAAAAAAGGCAACAACAACCCAGUAAAUUUUUCUUUUAUAAGAUGCUCAGCAUUUAAAUAUUAUCUCCACCCUGACGGCAAAUGUUUUUCCUUCAUCUGUGUCUACUUCCCUGGGAGAGUUUUGUUUCUCUGUUUGUUUCUGUAUGAAUUUUAGACACUGAGCUGAAAAGUCCUCCUGUCCGGUACUGUAUGUUUGAGCCUAAGCAAUGUGAACUGUACAGACCAGCGGUGGGAAAUGGGAGCCGGUGACUGCACCUGGGAGAGCCGUGGCUUGGGACGGCAUUCCCGGCUGCUCUGGGGAGCGGGAAGUACUGCGUCGCGAGUUGGGAAAAUGAACUGUCUGCUGUGAAUUCUCGGUUGGAAAUGUGGAGAGGGGUUUCCAUUAGAUAAUGUUUACAUACCUCACCUGACAAACCUUUGAAAGUGUAUAUAAAAAAAAAAGAAAAUAAAAUUAUAUUAAGUUGCUUUAAAUCAAUAUGUAUAGCUAUAAGAGCUGGGUCAUUUGAACUUUGAGUAUGUAUCAACUCUCUAAAUGUUGACAUUUUGUGAACUCUGUGCUCCUGUCUUUUAUUUCAUCCUAGCCUAUGGAAGAAGUUGUGUUCUUGUUCCAGGUAAAAGGUCCCUGACUCAGAUCUGAACUCCUCAAUGAUUCCCUCCACCUUGUUUUCUUUUCUUCCUCCACUGUCGAUAUUCACCCUAUGAGCUUUCUAAAGGUCCGUAUUUUAUUGCAGCUUAUUAAACGUUUCUUUGAUAUCAA